GCGCACACCCUCGGCACCAGCACAGCCAGGCAGCAAGCAAGACGCCUUCUUCUUCUUCUCGUGCUCGACCAAUUGGUGGCUGUAAUUUUCCAUCUAAUCAUCACCAUCAGCGCGUCCCCAUCUAAUCAUCCACAUCCACACAGAACUGAGGGAGAGUCAUGUAGUCAAAGCCGCAAGGCGACGGGAUGCCCGCCGGGGUCAAUUCGCCACCGGAAUCUUCUCGUCUUUAUCGGAGACGAUCUCGCCGUUACCAUCCGCACGCAACAAGACAAUGGCGCCGUGGCGAUGCUCCACGCACUACUAGUAUAUACACGCACGAAGAAGGCGACGAGUCCAACUCGGAGGCUCCAUUAUUGGCGAGCCAUUGAGCAGCCCAAGGAGCGAGGAUAGGGUAGGGUCGGUGGAGCAGCGACGAGCGGCGGCCAUGGAGGGCGGCGUGCACGAGUUCGACGGCUCCACCUUCAAGGAGUGCUUCUCCCUCUCGUGGAGGAACCCCUACGUCCUCCGCCUCGCCUUCUCCGCCGGCAUCGGCGGCCUCCUCUUCGGCUACGACACCGGUGUUAUUUCGGGUGCUCUGCUUUACAUCCGUGACGACUUCCGUUCGGUCGACAGGAACACAUGGCUUCAGGAAAUGAUCGUGAGCAUGGCGGUGGCCGGCGCGAUCAUCGGCGCGGCGAUCGGGGGCUGGACGACGGACCGGUUCGGGCGGCGGACGUCGAUCCUCGUGGCCGACUUCCUCUUCUUCGCGGGCGCGGUGGUGAUGGCGUCCGCCACGGGCCCCGCGCAGCUCGUCGUGGGCCGCGUCUUCGUCGGCCUCGGCGUCGGCAUGGCGUCCAUGACCUCCCCGCUCUACAUCUCCGAGGCGUCCCCGGCCCGGAUCCGCGGCGCGCUCGUCAGCACCAACGGCUUCCUCAUCACCGGCGGCCAGUUCCUGGCCUACCUCAUCAACCUCGCCUUCACCAAGGCGCCGGGGACGUGGAGGUGGAUGCUCGGCGUCGCCGCGCUCCCCGCCGUCCUCCAGUUCGGCCUCAUGCUCUUCCUCCCCGAGUCCCCCCGAUGGCUCUACCGGAAGGGGCGGGCGGAGGAAGCCGAGGCGAUCCUGCGGCGGAUCUACUCGGCGGAGGAGGCGGAGCGGGAGAUCGAGGAGCUCAAGGAGUCGGUGGCGGCGGAGCGCGCCUCGUCGGAGAAGGUGAGCCUGGCGGCGCUGCUGCGGACGGCGACGGUGCGGCGGGCGCUGGUCGCCGGCGUGGGGCUGCAGGUGUUCCAGCAGCUGGUGGGCAUCAACACGGUGAUGUACUACAGCCCCACGAUCGUGCAGCUCGCCGGGUUCGCGUCCAACCAGACGGCGCUGGCGCUGUCGCUCGUCACCUCGGGGCUCAACGCGCUCGGCUCCAUCGUCAGCAUCUACUUCAUCGACCGCACGGGGCGGAAGAAGCUGCUCGUGAUCAGCCUCGUCGGCGUCAUCCUCUCGCUCGGCGUGCUCGUCGCCGUGUUCCACGAGACCACGUCCCACUCGCCGGCCGUGAGCGCCGCCGAGACCGCCCGCUUCGACGGCUCGCUCACGUGCCCCGACUACCGCCAGCAGCUGCCGGCGGCGUCGUCGGCGUCGAGCGGCGGCUUCUGGGACUGCACCCGGUGCCUCAAGGCCAGGUCGACGGAGUGCGGCUUCUGCUCGUCCGGCGCCGGCAAGCUGCUCCCCGGCGCGUGCCUGGUGUCCAACGCCACGACCCGCGACGCGUGCCACGGCGAGGCCGGCCGGCUGUGGUACACGCGCGGGUGCCCGAGCCGGUACGGGUGGCUGGCGCUGGUGGGGCUGGCGCUCUACAUCAUCUUCUUCUCCCCCGGGAUGGGCACCGUGCCGUGGAUCGUCAACUCGGAGAUCUACCCGCUGCGGUACCGCGGUGUGUGCGGCGGCGCGGCGGCGACGGCGAACUGGGUGUCGAACCUCGCCGUGGCGCAGUCGUUCCUGUCGCUGACGGAGGCCAUCGGGGUGGCGUGGACGUUCCUCAUCUUCGGGGGCCUGUCCGUGGCGGCGCUGGCGUUCGUGCUCGUCUGCGUGCCGGAGACCAAGGGGCUCCCCAUCGAGGAGGUGGAGAAGAUGCUGGAGCGCCGGGAGCUCAGGCUCAGGUUCUGGGCAAAACCGCGCGCCGCCGACGCGGACGGCAAGGAGACGGCCAAGGGCGCCGGCGUGUAGCUAUUUUACUAGCAGAUUGAUUAAUGGAAGAGAGGAUUAAUUACUGUAUCUGCAUCUGUCAUGUGGCGCGUGAAAACCCUGCGUUCUUCUUCUGGGUUAAAAUUGUUGUUAGUGGUGGCUCGAGGUUGAUCAAUUUCUGGUCAUUUCGAAUUUCCGGUGCAAUUCUACUACACGAUAUUUUAACUGAAUUUCGCAGAAUGGACUUA